CGGCCCUAGACCCGUCCACCCCCGUCUCGCUCUCGCCCAAACCACAACCCCACCCAAACCGAACGAACCAGCGAAAGCUCCCCUGACCCUGCCUCUGCUCCGCGUCCGAUCGCAAGGAAGAACCGAAGAAGAAGAGGGAGAUGAGCUACUACGGCCAGCAGCCCCCCGUCGGCGUCCCGCCGCAGCAAGGCUACCCGGGGAAGGACGGCUACCCGCCGCCGGGGUACCCGCCGGCCGGCUACCCCCCGCCGGCGCAGGGCUACCCGCAGCAGGGCUACCCGCAGCAGGGCUACCCGCCGCCGUACGCGCAGCAGCCUCCCCGGCAGCAGCAGAGCAGCGGGCCUUCCUUCAUGGAGGGAUGCUUGGCUGCCCUCUGCUGCUGCUGCCUCCUGGACGCCUGCUUCUGAGAGAGGACCGACGGCGGAUUCAAGAUGACAGCAAGUGGGACAACCUCAUGGAAGGACCGGAACCCAACUGGGCAGUAGCGUUCUUGUGCUUCGUUAUCGUCUCUUUUCGUUUAUGAACUCCCUGCAAUGAGACUGCUAGUAGUACUCUGUCGGUGUUGAUUGGAUGAUGGUUAUGGCUGGUGUGUAUUCCGUGGGUUGCCGUGUUUCUGGUGGAAUUCAACCAUCAGGUGCUGUUUGGAUA